AUGGAUCCCAAGGAGCUCCUCUCCCUAAGCCUCCUGCUGUUUCUGUCUCCAGCAUUUCAUCUGAGUAAUGCAACAGGUGGAAGCCAGAAGAACUGCCCAGUGUUUGUCCAGCAGCUGGGAAGGGACGUGUUGCUGCCUCUGACAGAUGAACAGAUAAACAAGAGCAUGAACAAAAGCAACCGCAUCCUUGUCAUGAUAUCAAAAUCACCAGAAGACUCCGUGAAGAGGAAAAUAAUGUCUCUCAAUCUACGUGAAAGGAGCUCAUCAGACUAUGUAGAGCAUGGCUAUCAGUUUCAUCUGGAAAACCUGAGCUUGGGGAUCCUGGGAAGCAAGAAGGAGCAUGAGGGAUGGUACUCUAUGAACCUGGAGGAAAACGUACAAAUCCACUCAUUUUGUGUGCAGCUGAAGCUUUAUGAGCAGGUCUCCACUCCAGAAAUUCAAGUGCUAAACAGGACCCAGGAGAACAACAAUGGGACCUGCAGCUUGACGAUAGCCUGCACAGUGAAGCAGGGGGACCACGUGACUUACAACUGGAGUGAGAAGGGCAGCACCCACCUGCCCAGCCCAGCCAACAGCUCCCACCUGCUCUUCCUCACCCUUGGCCCCCAGCAUGCUGACAAUUUCUACAUCUGCACCGCGAGCAACCCAGUCAGCAGCCGCUCCCAGGCCUUCAAUCUGUGGAGCAGGUGCAGUUCAGACCCCACAGAAUCAAGACAAUGGGGAUUGUAUUCUGGGCUGCUCUUAGGGGGCAUCGUAGGUGUCAUCCUAGUUCUUGAAGUGGUAAUACUACUGUGGAGAAGAAGAGGUAAAGCAAAACAUUUUCAGCCAGCAAAGGAAGGAAAAAGCCUGACUAUAUAUGCCCAAGUCCAGAAAUCAGAUACUCUUCAGAAGAAACCUGACCCCCAGCCAACUCAGGAGCCCUGUACCACCAUUUAUGUGGCUGCCACAGAGCCUGUUCCAGAGUCUGCCCAGGAACCAAACCCCAUCACAGUCUAUGCCAGUGUGACACUUCCAGAGAGCUGACACCCAAACCCAGUAAGGAACUUUCUGAAGGAAGAUGGGAAAACCAAACUGAACAUUGAACUUGGUCCCAUGCCUCAAGUUCUCUGUGACAGACACUCCACACAUCUGAACCCUCUUUUGGAUCCACUCGUUGUUGAUGUAUCUCCAUGCAUACCCAGAAAUGGACAUGGCAGGGGUGAUCCUCAAGUGUUUGGCCUGCUCUGCAGCUGGCACAGUCACAGAACAGAGAGCUCCUCAACAUAGCUCUCCAUCUUUGAGAUGUAGCAGAUGAAAUGGACAGUGUGAGACCAGACUUCCGGACUCUUGUGAGACCAGACUUCUGGACAUUUCGCUCUUUGCUAGGAUGCACAAUAACAGCCAAAGACAGGAAGCCAGAACAUCUAGCAUUUCUGACAGACAGCCAACCACCAGUCAUAAAGUCUGGGAAAGUUUACAUUUUGGCGGCCUGUACUUUAUUCUGAGAGCUGAUCUUCAUCACCCGCAGACCUGAUUGAGGCUUUGCGCCUCAGUUUCUCAAACUGGAUGAAGAGUGAAGGGA